CACUUUCCGAACACACUCAGAUCCACCGUGCUCUUCCACUGAUCCACCCACUCUCAACCGCCACAAUCGACCACCAAACCACCUACUUUGAUGCUCCUCCGCCAUUGUGAAUAAUCCUUCUUCUCGGUCCAGAUCUAGUCGAGCAUCCACCGCCGGGAAUGGCUUCUUCGGAAGCUGAUUCCCGUUUGAAUCAAGUACUCAUCCCCGCCCUCGACAAGAUCAUCAAGAAUGGCUCAUGGCGCAAACACUCCAAGCUCGUCCACCAAGCAAAAUCGGUUCUUGAAAGAUUAAACUCGCCGGAAAAGCCACAGACUCCGAUUUCGCCGGACCAAUCGGAACUCGACACCUCAUCACUUCCCGGCGUACUCGGACCCUCCGACAUCUCUCUUGCUGACUCUGAAUUCAUCCUCACCCCUUUCAUCAACGCCUGCUCCUCUAACAACCUCAAGAUCGCCGAACCCGCCCUCGAUGCCAUCCAAAAGCUAAUCGCCCACGGCUAUCUCCACGGCGAAGCUGAUCCCACUGGUGGCCCCGAGGCCCAAUUCCUCUCCAAAUUGAUCGAAUCUGUGUGUAAAUGCCAAGAAUUGAAUGAUGAAGCCGUUGAAUUGUUACUCCUCAAGACGAUUUUAUCCGCGGUAACCUCCGUUUCUUUACGGAUUCACGGAGAUUGUUUACUGCAAAUUGUGAGGACUGGCUAUGAUAUUUAUCUAGCCAGUAAAAACGUGGUGAAUCAGACCACAGCGAAGGCGUCGUUGAUCCAAAUGUUGGUAAUUGUUUUUCGGAGAAUGGAGGCUGAUUCCUCUACUGUGCCAGUACAGCCGAUAGUGGUGGCGGAGCUAAUGGAGCCAACUGAGAAGGCUGAAGUGGACGGUAACAUGACUGUGUUUGUUCAGGGGUUCAUUUCCAAGAUUAUUCAGGAUAUUGAUGGAGUUAUUAACCCGAGUACACCGCGAAAAGGGUUGGAACAUGAUGGGGCUUUUGAGACAAUGACGAGAAGUGGGACUGUGGAGAAUCUAGUCGAGCAUCCACCGCCGGGAAUGGCUUCUUCGGAAGCUGAUUCCCGUUUGAAUCAAGUACUCAUCCCCGCCCUCGACAAGAUCAUCAAGAAUGGCUCAUGGCGCAAACACUCCAAGCUCGUCCACCAAGCAAAAUCGGUUCUUGAAAGAUUAAACUCGCCGGAAAAGCCACAGACUCCGAUUUCGCCGGACCAAUCGGAACUCGACACCUCAUCACUUCCCGGCGUACUCGGACCCUCCGACAUCUCUCUUGCUGACUCUGAAUUCAUCCUCACCCCUUUCAUCAACGCCUGCUCCUCUAACAACCUCAAGAUCGCCGAACCCGCCCUCGAUGCCAUCCAAAAGCUAAUCGCCCACGGCUAUCUCCACGGCGAAGCUGAUCCCACUGGUGGCCCCGAGGCCCAAUUCCUCUCCAAAUUGAUCGAAUCUGUGUGUAAAUGCCAAGAAUUGAAUGAUGAAGCCGUUGAAUUGUUACUCCUCAAGACGAUUUUAUCCGCGGUAACCUCCGUUUCUUUACGGAUUCACGGAGAUUGUUUACUGCAAAUUGUGAGGACUGGCUAUGAUAUUUAUCUAGCCAGUAAAAACGUGGUGAAUCAGACCACAGCGAAGGCGUCGUUGAUCCAAAUGUUGGUAAUUGUUUUUCGGAGAAUGGAGGCUGAUUCCUCUACUGUGCCAGUACAGCCGAUAGUGGUGGCGGAGCUAAUGGAGCCAACUGAGAAGGCUGAAGUGGACGGUAACAUGACUGUGUUUGUUCAGGGGUUCAUUUCCAAGAUUAUUCAGGAUAUUGAUGGAGUUAUUAACCCGAGUACACCGCGAAAAGGGUUGGAACAUGAUGGGGCUUUUGAGACAAUGACGAGAAGUGGGACUGUGGAGAGUACAAAUCCGGCGGAUUUAUUGGAUUCAACGGAUAAAGAUAUGUUGGACGCAAAGUACUGGGAGAUCAGUAUGUAUAAGACGGCGUUGGAGGGUAGAAAAGGGGAAUUGGCAGACGGGGAGAUGGAGAGGGAUGAGGAUUUGGAGGUUCAGAUUGGGAAUAAGUUAAGAAGGGAUGCUUUUUUGGUGUUUCGGGCGCUGUGCAAAUUGUCGAUGAAGACACCUCCCAAAGAGGCGUUGGCUGAUCCUCAACUGAUGAGGGGAAAGAUUGUGGCUUUAGAAUUGCUCAAGAUUUUGUUGGAGAAUGCCGGGGCAGUCUUUAGGACAAGCGAGAGGGAAUAUAAAAGGGAAGCUGGAUUUGAGAUGGCGAAUGCUGUUGGAAAAGUCCUUAGUGAAGCUAAUUAG